AUGGCCGUGCAAACCAGCGACGAUGAGUUUGGCUACGACUUUGAAACCGACGACGAGGAGCUUCUCAUCCAACUUGCUUCGACUCACUCGCCGCCGCUCAAGUCCACAGAUGAUGUAAAUCGAGCUGUCGUCCCAGCUUCAGGCACUGCCAAGAAGGCAGCUUCAAGCUUCGAGGCUUUGGGGGAGGUCACAUCGUCUCAGAAAUAUGUCUACCGCAACUAUGCGUCACCAUCAGAUGGAUUUGCCAUAAAGGAAGAGAUAUCCGCAUCGACAUCAAUGACAGACGAGAAGCAGAGCAUAUCAUUUCCUCCCUCAGAAAGUGCAGUCGUCGCAUAUCCUGAUCUAACCACUGCUCUACAAGCAAUUCCCAUCCAGUCACCGCCGCUUACAGAAAUUAGCGACGAUGAUGAGCUUGAAUUCCAGGAUGACCGAUCCCCAUUACAGAGGUUUCGCUCAUUUCCAAAGAGGCCGCUAACAGUAAGCGACCUGACGGCUGGAGCAUGGUGCGAGCUUCAGUACUGGUAUACACUUACACGCCUACCUGGUGGACGGAAGACUCGAACACCAGCAAUGCAAAAAGGCUCCAAAGUGCAUAAGAAGCUUGAAGAUGAGGUUCAUACCACGGUCAAGGUCGAGAUUCUAAACAAGGAAGACGGAUUUGGUCUGAGACUAUGGAACCUAGUCCAAGGACUAAGAACUUUGCGAGAUACGGGUUUGACAAGGGAGCUGGAGGUCUGGGGCAUAGUGGACGGCAAUCUGGUCAACGGCGUCAUUGAUGAUCUGAGCUACGACAACCCCAACCCAGAAUUUGAAGAAGAGCUCUCCAGCCAAGGAUCCCAACCCAGUCAAAGCCAGUCAAUGAUAUCAGACUACUUUGGAGGUCUCAAACCCAGCAAACCAAACGGCAACAACCGCCAGGUUUUCCUUGCAGACGUCAAAACACGGGGUACUACGAAACCUGUAUCGUCAGCAACCGCUCGGCCUGCAAAGAUUCAAUUGCUGCUAUAUCAUCGCUUUCUAUCCAACAUGGCUGCUGGCGAGCUGGACUUCCUCAAAGUGUUUAGGCGAUACGGGUUAGAUGCAGAUGAGCGCUUCUCAGACACAUUCAUGUCGCAAAUCGGAGAGCUCCACGACGAAAUCUUCUUCGACACCCCGACUAGUUCGGCGGAAGAAUACGAGCAGUUCAAAAGGAAUGUAGCUAAAGGAAAAGCUUCCGUGGACGGCAACCCCACUGGUAUCCCCGAAUCGUCCCCCGGCGUGCCUGACGUGCUCAAAUACGGAUCCCUCCGCGAGCUCGUCACCCUCGUCGAGGACGAGAUUCGGCUCACUUUCCCGCGCGGCGCCGAUUCUAUUGGCUCUAUACUUCGUGUGCAGUACGUUUUUCGGGAUGACGGCCGAGAACUUGCGAAGAUUGAUUUCCCCGUUUCGGCGCAGACUUUGGACACCUAUCUCGCGGGGGAUAUGGGCUGGUGGCGCGGCGAAAGGAAACCUAAGGGCGUGACGAUUGAGGAGGCGUUCAAGUGUACGUCGUGCGAGUUCGCGCCAAGCUGCAAAUGGAGGCGCAACAUGGAUGACGAGCGAGUAAAGAGUGCCCAGGAAAGAGUCAACAAGGGGAAGAAGGUAAUCGAGACACGAUUUUAA